AUGUCUUUCUACCAGAUAAAUCUGGCCGUUUUCGCGGCGGGGAACGGGUACAUGCUCUACCGCCAGUACAAGCGCCAGGAGCAAGAAGACCUUGAUGAGCUGAAGCAGGAGGCUGCCGGUGUAGAGGAGGCCGGCGGUAACGACGACAUCGAGUUGCGCCACCUGCUCACGGAGCCCGCCGAGUCGCAGGCCGCCAUCCGACAGUUCCGGCUCGACUUCUUCCCCGUCUACGCCCUGGCAAUGGCGGCGGACUGGCUGCAGGGCCCGCAUAUCUAUGCCAUUUACAAGUACGAGAAGAACAUACCCGAAAAGAUUGUCGCCGCCCUCUAUGCCGCUGGGUUCGUCUCCGGUGCCAUGUCAGCCUCGUUCGCCGGCGAACUCGCUGAUCGGUACGGCCGCCGUCUCGCAUGUAUCGCGUACUGUGUCACCUACAUUCUCACCUGCCUGACUAUGCUCACGGACGACCUGUUCAUUUUGUUUGUUGGGCGAUUUUGCGGCGGCAUCUCGACGACCCUGCUCUACAGCGUGUUCGAGGCAUGGAUGAUCACGGAAUACAACCAGCGUGGCCUGUCGCGGACGAACCUCAAGCUGGGCUCCAUCUUUGGCAACAUGACCACCGUCAGCUCUAUCGUUGCGAUCCUUUCCGGCGUCGUCGGUGACAUCCUGGUCGGCGCUCUGGGCGGUCGUGUCUGGCCUUUCAUGGCAAGCGUGGCGUGUUCGGCAAUCGCCAUGUUCUUGAUCUCGAGAAGGUGGAAGGAGAACUACGGAACCAAGCAGGCUGGCCCGGCGACGUCGUCCCUCGCAGAUGUCAAGAGCGGAAUCCGCAUGAUCGUAGGCGACAGGCGCAUAUUGUCUCUGGGCCUGACGUCGACGUUUUUCGAGGGCGCCAUGUACCUGUUUGUUUUCUUUUGGUCUGCGGCGCUGAAGAGCGCGAGAACGAGGUCCGGCUCGGACGAGGAGCUGCCAUUUGGGCUCAUCUUCUCAAGCUUCAUGUGUGCUAUGAUGGCCGGGUCUGCCUUCUUCUCGCUCUCCACCAAGGCCCACACCAAGGAAACGACUUCAAACAUUCUGAUGAUCGUCGUGCUCUUGGUGAGCUGCUGUCUCUCGGCUGCCGUCCUGAUUGACAGCGAAAAGCUGCUAUUCUGGGCUCUGUGUAUGGUGGAGGCAUCCAUCGGCGCGUACUUCCCCAGUAUGUCCUUCCUGAAGAGCCAGGUUGUCGAGGACGGCGUGCGAGCACGCGUGUACAGCCUGCUGAGGCUUCCACUCAACGUGUUUGUUGUCGUGGCCCAUAGCCUGGACGAAGAGGGCGACGGACACAGGAACAACGUCUUCAUGACUUGCGCCGCGCUGCUCAUGGUGUCGUUCUUCAUUGUCAAGAGGACCUUUGCACCGGAUGCGUGA